CUACUGGGAUUCUCAGAGGUCCGGGAGCUGCAGCUGCUCCACGCCGCGCUAUUCCUCCUGGUCUACCUGGCGGCCCUGGCGGGGAAUCUUCUCAUCGUUGCCGUCACCGUCCUCGACCGGCGCCUCCACACCCCCAUGUACUUCUUCCUCAGGAACCUGUCCGUCCUCGACCUCUGCUACAUCUCCGUCACCGUCCCCAAAUCCAUCCACAAUUCCUUGACCAACAAGAGAUCCAUUUCCUUCCUGGGCUGCGCCACCCAGCUCUUCUCAGUGCUCCUGUUUGCCUCGUCCGAGCUGUUCCUCCUCACGGCGAUGUCCCACGACCGCUACGCCGCCAUUUGCCUCCCUCUGCGCUACGAGGUCCUCAUGGACCGAGGGACCUGUGGGAAAAUGGCGGCCGCCUCAUGGCUCGGAGGGGGGCUGUUUGCACUGCUAUUAUCCCCUCGGACGCUCUCCCUACCCUUUUGCGGGUCCAUCCUGAUCCAACAGUUCUUCUGCGAUAUCGCCUCCAUGGUCCAACUCUCCUGCUCUGAAACACACCUCUUCAUCGAUAUGAUCGAAGUCACUGGGUUCCUUUCGGGUGUUUCCUGCUUCAUCUCCAUCGUCAUCUCAUACGUGUGCAUAUUCCGGGCAGUGCUGAGGAUGCCGGCCUCCGAGGGCCGGGCCAAAGCCUUCUCCACCUGCUUGCCCCACCUCGUCGUCACGACCGUGUUUUUCACCUCGGCUGCCUUUGGUACCUUACAUCCAACCUCAGAUUCUUCUUCAGCUCUGGACCUGCUGGUGUCCGUGUUCUACACCGUGGUGCCUCCUGCCCUGAACCCCCUCAUCUACAGCCUGAGGAACAGGGACAUGAAGAUGAGUUGUAAAGUUCAUCCACACUUCUUGAACAAUAAUAACUCCAUAGCCUUCCUAGGCUGCAUCGCUCAGCUCUUUCUGUGGAUCUUCUUUGUGGGUUCUGAGGAUUUCGUCCUCAAGGUGAUGUCCUACUACCACUACGCCGCCAUCUGGCUCCCCCUGCGUUACGAGGUCAUCAUGGAUCGAGUGGCCUGUGGGAAGAUAGCCGCCGCACCCUGGCUCAUAGGAGGACUGAUUGAGGCCUUGUUUUCAUGUUCGACCUUCUCCAUGUCCUUCUGCGGGUACAACGUCAUCUCCCAGUUCUUCUGUGACGUCCCUACUCAGCUCAAGAUCUCCUGCUCCGAGGAACACGUCGCCACGGACGUGAUCCAGGGGUAG